AUGGGAUUCGGUAUCGGAUUGAUUCACCUGGGAAUAAUAGCAGUUCAAAUUGAAACGCUAUUAUGCAAAUCGAUACUGAUAUCUUUAAUCUAUGUUGCACCAACAACUAAGAUUGAUAUGAAUAUCUUCCAAGAACUAUACAACAUCAACAACAACUGCAUUAUUGUAGGUGAUCUCAAUGCAAAAUUAUCUGAAAUGGGACCAAUGAAGACAAAUGCAAGAGGAAAACAGUUGCAAGAACUACUUAAUGAAGGUCUUAUCGAAUGUGUCAACGAUGAUAGUACAACAUUUGAAAAAAUGAAUAUGAAGCCAAAUUAG